AAAGAGGCGGAGUUUCCCGGGGCAGACCUUGACAAUAGCUUCCACCGCGGACCAAUGAGAGGAGGAGGUGGAGAGUUCUGUGAUUUGCAUACCGUCGCGGACCAACGGGAGAGGGCGCUGGGCGUUCCGUGAUUUGCAUACCCCCGCGACGCGCCCAAUGGCUGGCCGGCGACUAGCAGAGCGUCCUCUAGCCGAGAGAAGGAGGAAAAAGGAAGGCUGAAGUCCGAGCGGGAGGCGGGGAGGAAGGCAGCCGGGGAAGGGGCCGCGACGGCGGCUGCUGCGGCUGAGAAUGGCCGCGGCUGCGGCGGCGUGCGGGGGCUCGCCCUCCAAGGAGCAGCCGGAGCCGCCUCCCGCGUCGAGGAAACGGGGCGGCGACCCUCGGCGGAGGCAGGCGGCCCUCUUCUUCCUUAACAACAUCUCCCUAGACGGGCGGCCGCCGUGCUUGGGGGCUCCGGGGAAGGCGCAGGAGCAGCCGCCUCCACCGCUGCCUUCGCCGCCGCCGCCGCCGCCUCCUCCUCCGCCGACACAACCGGAGGACAAAGCCGCCGCCACGGAAAGCGGGCUUCUCCUCCCUUCCGCAGCUGAGCAGGACCCCGGGCGCGGUCUGGGCCCCGCGUUGCUGCCCCAGCUGCUGCUCGGGAGCCCGCUCUGCCCGAUCCCCGCCCCGGCUCCCGCCGCCGCCGCCGCUGCUGCCGGAGCCCUGGCCGGGAUGCUCAUGGGCGCCGCCGCCGGGAAGGCCCCGCAAGGGCUGCUCAGCCCCGGAACGCAGAGCAGCAGCAGCGCUGGAGCGGGAGGAGGGAUCCCCUUGGAGAUCCAGAGGCAAAGAAGGCGUUUUAUCUCCCAGCGCUGCUCUCUAGAGUUUUUAGAAGACAUAGUGGAAUGUGCCAGUGUCCGAAGAACCAAGCACUUGUCCGGAUCUCCAAGACACAAAGGCCUGAAGAAGAUGCACUUCAUUAAGAACAUGAGGCAGUACGACACCAGGAACAGCAGGAUAGUAUUAAUUUGUGCUAAACGAACAUUAUGUGUGGCUUUUUCAAUUCUGCCUUAUGGGGAGAGUUUGCGGAUCAGUGAAUUGAGGAUAGAAGGACAGAAACAAAGGCAUCCGUCUGGUGGCGUUUCAGUCUCUUCUGAAAUGGUGCUAGGAAUGGAAGGCGUGGAACUGGGAGCUGAUGGCAAGGUUGUGUCUUAUGCAAGGUUCUUGUAUCCCACCAACGCUCUUGUUGGCCGCAAAAACGAGGCCCACGGUGCCAUUCCUGUGUGUCGAGCUCCUCUCCCGCGAGGGCCAGGCAGUUCGAGAUACAAAACGCCAACAGCCAAAACGAUACCUCCCACAGUUGACAUUGGAAAUGACAUUGGAGAAUUGAUAGAAUAUAAUCCCAAUCUCCUUGAUGACCCCCAAUGGCCCUGCGGGAAGCACAAACGUGUCCUCAUCUUUGCAUCAUACAUGACCACUGUAAUAGAAUAUGUGAAACCCUCAGACCUUAAAAAGGACAUGAAUGAAACAUUUAAAGAGAAGUUUCCUCACAUCAAGCUCACACUGAGCAAAAUCAGAAGUUUAAAGAGAGAGAUGCGGAACCUGAGUAUGGAGUGCAAUCUAGAGCCGGUAACUGUGUCCAUGGCGUAUGUUUACUUUGAGAAGCUUGUCCUCCAGGGCAAGCUCAACAAACAGAACCGAAAACUGUGUGCCGGUGCUUGUGUGUUGCUUGCAGCCAAGAUUAGCAGUGAUCUCAGGAAACAUGAAGUCAAGCAUCUUAUUGAUAAGUUAGAAGAGAGAUUCCGAUUCAACCGACGAGAUCUCAUUGCUUUUGAAUUUACUGUACUUGUGGCUUUGGAACUCGCCCUUUACCUUCCUGACAACCAAAUGUUACCUCACUUCCGACGUCUCACGCAGCAAUCCUAGCCAAAACUGCAUUCUAACAAAGUGCCAGUACUUAGAUCCUGAACUUCAUGGUGGGCCAUCAGCAUUUCCUGUGUCACAGUAUUGAACUUCAUUAUGAAUAUACCUGAAAUGAAGACUGCCGUGGAAUCCUUUAUGGUGGCAUGAACAAAACAGAUUCCAUAUGUCAAGUGAAAGGCAUGAAAUGCUGAGCUUUGGAUUGGGACAUUAAAGCACAACCAGCCUGCAACCAGUUGCCACUAGAAGCUGCUGGGUUGCAUGUUACGUAUUUGGUGUGUGUUUUUAAACACAGAAAUGGUCCGAUCUUCUCUCCAAGCCUUGCUGCUUGGUCACUUCCAUGAACUUGCCAUUGUUCUCUUUUUCUUCUUCCUGAAAUCUGAAAAAGCAUCGCCUCCAUUCCAAAAUGUUGUAUGCUUCAAAAUUAUUACUGAUAAUCCUUUUUACACUUCAAACCAUGAAGAUAGAUAUGUACUAUUAGAGGGGGGAAGAUGUGCCUAAGGCUGGGCUGGGCUGGUUCCAGUUUCUCUCUCUGAUUAAGUUAUGUUGUUGUAAUAACAAUUCUGAACUUAAACAGCAGUGUAUUUUUUGCCUUUGUUGCUUUGUACUAUAAAGAUAACAAUUCCAUUCUGUCUGCACUAUCAUUUCCAUAAGGAUGUAUAUUGAAGAAUAAUAUUCUGCACAUUUUCUGGGUGGGAAAAGUUUUGCUUUUCUUUUUUAAACUAAACAUGUAUUUCUCCAAUGUUGCACUUGUUGAACAAGGCAGCUAUAAAAAAACAAUUCCCAUUUUAAAUACCAGAGGUCAUUUGAUUUACAUUGAUAAUUAAGUUUUCCACCUGCCAGAGCUGACAUCUUUCAGUCUUGCUUACUGUAGCCUGAAACCAGUAACUGUUAUAUUUAUAACAAGGUUUUCAUGUAUUGUCUUUCAUGUAUGCUCUUGGCAUAUAAAUUUCUCUGCCAGUACAGCUGUCGUUAUCUAAAUUAAGCCGAUGAAACUCGGCAUGUUUGGCUUUUUAAAUACUCCUUUUUUCCCCCACCUUAUGUUUUGGUUCUUCCAAGCUUUUCUCCACUCUGAUGGUCCUCAUGAACCUGACUUCAUUGCACAUUAAAUCCCGAACUCAAAAGUUGUUAUUGUCCAGCAGAGUGGUGGAAUAUAGAUGAUACAAGUUCAACAGUAGUUAGCCAAAUAUUUUUGGAUUAAGCAUUCAGAUAUUAAAGUAUGACUUGUAUAACUUUUUUAGGCCUGUGGCAGAAGAAUCAGUGGCUGUCAGAUUCCUUUUCUAAGCAAUAUCGUGAUACAAGUCAAAGUAUUUAUGUGUGCGAGUUUGUGUAAUAUUUAUUAGUGAACAACAAUAAUACUUGGGUAUUGUGAUUGAGAAAUUCAUACUCUUAAUGUUUUUGUACUGUGACAUUGGCGCAUUUUAAACAUCAUGCAGAAUGAAACAGUAGAGCAAGGUGCAAAAUUGUGGGUUGCAUCACUGCAGAUAAGAAAGAGUAGUUUUAAGUGGGAGCAUUCCUUCACUCCAUUGCAAUGUAAUCCAAGCACACUGGGAGGGCUUGGAUGUACCAUUGCCCUUGAUGUAUGCAUGGUUCUUUAUAUGAAAUAUUAUACCAAAAUGUGGCCAUCACCCCUGUGCAAAUCUGAAGUGUUUCAGCUCAUAAUUCUUGUCUGUCAACCCAUUUAUUAGCUUAGAAUCCAAGUCUCUUCCUAAUAUGAAGAGGGCUAUAUGCUUUCCAGAACCUAGAAUGCUGACAUUUUUAGUGAGAUAUAUGUAUUAAAUAGCCACAAAAUAAAGGUGGGAGGGGAAAGUCACAAAGUGGUACUAAAACAUUUGAAAAGCCAAGUGCUGUGUCAGUGCAUUGCCCCAUAUGGGAUUAUUCAACAUCAAUGCAAGAAUGACUUGGUUCAAUCACUUCAGCUCAAGCCAGUUUGACAUAACUGAAAUUGCUGAGAACAUGGCCUGUCUAAUUAGGGUUUGAAUAUUAGAUACAAGUAAUAGGAUCGGCCAAGUCAUAGGUCUAACACCUUUUUAUAUAAUGUUAGAAUAGAUGUGAUAUCAUGUAGUACAAGGUUCAAUAUAUACGUGUAGGAGGCGUAACUUGUGCUGUUCAAAAUGUGAAAUUCAGUGUGUCUUAUAUUUGAACAGCCUUUUCAUAAUACAGGCUGGCAUCCUAACCUUUCCAGAGAUACAUUUAACGACGUUUCCAUAGGGUAUUGAAGCAUAUAGUCCUCCACUUGCACAGAAAGAGGCUGUAAAAAAAAACCCAACUAAUUGGUUGACAGGGUUGACUCGUAUGCACUGUGCCUAGAGUAGCUGUCAGUGUAACUUUUUGUAAUUGAAGCAGUUAUCUUCUAUCCAGGCAAAAACCUGGGUUCGGUGAGAGUGGAUUGAAUCAUGUUUAGGAUUGUUUGUGCAGAGCUUGGUCAGGCUCCUUAUAUUGGUAACUUUUGAAAGUAAUAAUGUUUCCAAGUUCUGCAUUUGAGCUGCGCAAGGCUGUAAGAAUUGAAUUAUGUGUAUGAAAGUCAUAUUUGGAAAAUGUAUAGUUUAAAAUUAAAUUAUUGAGUGAAUAUUUAAGCAGUGGGGGAAAUGGAUAAGCUCCUGUUUUAAGGCAAAAGCUUAGAAAAAUCUUUGUUUUGUCUGCAUAAGACCAAUCAAUGGUAUGGUUGGAUUGUUUUUGAUUCUUUACAAUAGAACAAAGAAUCUAAAACCAAUCCAAAAUUUCAACCUUUUUCCAUGCGUUCCUUAUUGCUGCAGAAAUUUAUCUGCAGAUUUUGGUUGGUCUGUAUAUGGACAAAACAAAACUAGUAUUAAUUUAUUGGAUGUUUUUUGUAUUACUAUCAAAGAUUUGAGAUACAUGUUGAUUCAGGAGACAUGAAGAUAGGGAACUAGGGAUCACAGUCACUUGUAACUGCAAUUUGACUUGUAUGCUGAGUAUUUUAUUCCUGUUACUAAAUCUGUACAGAAAUGGUCAGCUGCUGAAUACUGCAGUCAAUGCAGAAGACAUUGAAUUUGUUUGCAUUUUUUAUCUUAAUUUUUUUGCUUAUUAUUCUCAGUCGGCGAAACCUCAUUGCAUUCCUCCUUCAUGCAAAAGCUGCCACUGUGUGGUAGAAGUUAUUAUUACAAGCAAACCUAGAUCCAGUGUAAAAUGCCAGAUUGUUUUCUUUAAGAGAUACUAGUCUCUAACAGUUGAGGUUUAAAUUAUGUAACCUUGUGUAAAUAUUGGUGCUUGUCUAUUUUAAGUCCAAGAAAACACUCUGAAUGGGAGUUUGUAUAUUUAAUGUUAAUAAUAUGUUUGUGCCGUCCUAAAUUUAAUUUCUUGCUGUUUACUGUCAAAUUCUGUUCUUCCAAUGAAAUGGAUGGAUUUGUUCAUAAGGUGCUGUGUAAUUGAAUGUUUUGAUACCUAUUUUAUAACCAAACACAUCUGAAGGAAACUUCAGCUUUGUGUCAUAAAUAUUCCUUUGAAAAACCUAA